AUGCUGCUGUAUGGUGUCAGUGGAGAAUCUCUCUCUAUGUUCUCCAGAGUGAGAGAUGAUGUCAGUCUGCCGUGUAACAAUGUGGUUUAUCCAAACUGCUCCUCAACUACAUGGAUCUAUAACAGUGUUGGAUCUACUGUUACUAUUGAAGAGGUUGUAUUGGGGAAGAUCAAAGUUGAGAAGACAGAGAGAGCAGACAGACUGAGUUUAGGAUCUGACUGUUCUCUACAUGUUAGUAAUGUCAGAGCUGAGGAUGCUGGAGUCUACAUCUGUCGACAGUUCCUUACAGAGACUGGACCACAACAUGGAGGUGAUGCCCCUGUUCAUCUGUCUGUUCUAACCAUGACAGAUCUGAAGUCUAAUGUAAAUAUGACAUUACGGUGUUCUCUGCUCACCUAUAUGGAACAUGGAAAGUGCAUCUCAGGAGUUAGUCUCAGCUGGGUGCCUAAAACAGGUACUAAUGCCCAGGUCACACUGGAUUCUUCCUGUGAAAUCUCUCUGACUGUGACACUCCAGAAGGAGGACAACAACAGGAAGUGGACGUGCACGCUGACUGAAAAUGGAAACGUGAAGAUCUCCAUUGACUUCCCCUCCACAUUCUCAGAUAUUGAAGAAAAGACCACUGAUAAUGAUGACGUCAUCUCCACUGUCCCAGGUAAAAUACUCCCAUCUGUAUGAUGUGUAAAGAUGUAGUAUAUGUUUUAUCUGUCCUCUGGUUACAUAGUACUGGGUACUGUGUUUUCCCAUGCUGUGUCAGGGUUUGAGACUGGGUCCAGAAAGACACUUGGUUUGAUGUUUUUCAGACAGUUCUGAUGUAACUACUCUGAUGCCUGUCUAGACAUCCACCAAUACUAAGCAGCAGUAUAAGACUGGUCAUGUAAAAA